AUCGGGAAGAAAAGAACGGGGACUUCGAAACAUGGUGCUUGAAAUGACAAGAAUAGUUAGGUCCGCCACUUCUUUACAGAGUGGUUCUACAAUGAAAAGGUUGAUAAAAUUCCUAAGCACGUGCCUACUUGUGUUACCUCAUUUGACUUUAGUACAAGGGGAUAUUACAGAUGGCAACGCAGAACACUUAAAAAGAGAACAUUCUCUCAUUAAACCGUACCAAGGUAUUGGAACCAGCCCGUCCAGUCAGUGGGAUUUCUGGGGUAGCACCUUGGUAACCAGCCAAUAUGUCAGAUUAACACCUGAUGAAAAAAGCAAACAAGGCUCCAUUUGGAACACUGUGCCAUGUUUUCAAAAAGACUGGGAAAUGCACGUGCAGUUCAAAGUUCAUGGUUCAGGGAAGAAGAAUCUCCAUGGUGAUGGCAUUGCCAUCUGGUACACAAAAGAAAGACUGCAUCCAGGCCCAGUCUUUGGAAACCAAGAUCAUUUUGUUGGCCUUGCUUUAUUUUUGGAUACCUUCCGCAAUGACCUCCAUGGAAUGGAUCGGUCUUUCCCUUACAUCUCAGCAAUGGUGAAUAAUGGUACCCAGCCAUACGACCAUGGAAAAGAUGGACGUAACUCAGAGCUAGGAGGCUGCUCGGCUGAAAUAAGGAACAAAGACCACGACACAUAUCUGGCCAUCCGCUACUCCAAAGGCAGACUGACUGUGAUGGUGGAUGUUGAUGACAAGAAUGAGUGGAAAGAAUGCAUUGACAUAGGAGGUGUCCGUCUGCCAACUGGGUAUUACUUUGGGGCAUCUGCUGCAACAGGGGAUCUCUCAGACCAUCAUGACAUUAUCUCCAUGAAGAUGUAUCAGCUUAUGGUAGAACAUACUACUGAGGAAGAUAGUCUUGAUUGGACAAAGAUUGAACCCAGUGUGAGCCUGCUGAAGUCCCCCAAAGACAACAUUGAUGAUCCAACCGGCAACUUUCGAAGCACACCUCUGACAGGCUGGAAGGUCUUCCUGCUUUUGCUUUGUGCACUUCUGGGAAUUGUAGUUUGUGCUGUUGUCGGAGCUGUUGUUUUUCAAAAGCGACAAGAAAGAAACAAGAGGUUUUACUGAAUAAGGAGCUAUUGCUUAUGUCAAUUUGGGAAGAAACCAACUAACUGAGUCAACAGAUUCAAUGUGAAUUUUGUAGAUAUGUUCAAUUGUUUAUAUCAUUGAAGCACUGCGAUAAAAACGAAUUAUAAUUAUUAUGAAAAGACCACCAGUGAUUCCUGCUUGUAUUGUAAAUGAGAGUCUUUGGAACGUUUAUUUUUAUUUUUCUAUUUGUUCACUCAGUUUUUUUUUGUUUAUCAGAACAGGGCAAUACAUCACACAGAACCUUCCUUUGGUUUUGAAUGCAACUGAAACUAAAUUCAACUGAAUAAUUUUUAGGAACUGAUGUAAAAUGAUGAAGAAAAUUGCCAGCCUCUGGUGAAGUUUGUUUUUCUAUGUACUGAAUAUGCGUUUCCUUUUUAAAGGCAAAUUUUGGGAUUAAUCAAGGUUGAUUUACUUGUAACUUAUGCAGGUUUUGCCUUUUCAGGCUUCAAGCUUUCUUUGCCGACUCAAAACAAAGACCCAUUUGGGCUCACAUGCUGCAGUAGAUAGCUGAGAAAUAUAUAGCAUAUCAGAAGUUACAUAAUGUGUAACUCAGCUUCUACGAAGUGAGAUGUUGAUGAUGGCCAAAUUGGACUUUUUCUGUCUUGCUAUUUGGUUUUAGCAUGGUUGUAUUCAGUUACCAGGUGAAUUGGGAGGAUACAUUUACUAGACUUGUCAAAAUUUCUUUGUGGUGGGACUUUAUUAUUGUGCAUCAGAAGUUGUGCGGUUCUUUUUUUGUAGUAAUUUGCGAUCCAUGAUUUUUGAGUGGAAUGUGCAACAAUAAAUGACCUACUGUACAGCUGAGUCAACCAACGGAAUUGUUUUGUUGAUACAAAAAUAAAAUAAACUCCACUGCUUUUU